AUGGAUACCCCUAGUGUCCUCGCUUUUGACGCUGAGGGUCGGGCCAUUGACUUUGACGUCUGGAUAGAUGACCUGCAGCUUUUCCUACAGUGCGAUAGGUCAGACGGUCUCUCCCUCUUUGACCUCACUUUUGGUGCCUCGCGUGCCCCUGCUGCUGAUGCUGACGCCACUGUUCGCUCACAGUGGGCCACACGCGAUGCUGCUGCACGUCUUGCUAUGCGUCGCCACCUGCCUACCUCUGAGCGUGCGCACUUUAGCCAGUACAAGACUGCUCAGACCUUGUACGACGCUGUAGUUGCACGCUACUCCUCCCAUGCCACUGCUGCACUGAGCCGCCUCAUGCUACCGUACCUCUUCCCUGACCUUGCUGCCAUUCCCACAUUGCCUCUACUGCUGCGGCCGACCUCGUUGGUUUCGAGUCGGUCGACGCUGUGUCUGCCCCGAGCGGGAGACGCCGCACCGGCAAGGGCAAAGGGGGCAAGGGCGCUGGAGGGGCUAGCAGGGGUGGCGGAGGUGGCGGUGGCGGCAGUGGAGGGGGUGGGGGUGGUGGUGGGGGUGGUGGCGGGGGUGGAGGUGUCGGUGGCGGCAGUGGAGGCUGAGGCGGAGGCGGCGGUGGCGGUGGGGGCGGAGGUGGCGGAGGUGGCAGCGGAGGAGGAGGCGGCGGCGGAGGAGGCGGAGCUGGUCGGGGUGGCGUUGCGCAGAGGGUCGGCUCCGGUGGUGGUCAGCGCCAGCAGCAGCAGCCCACUCGUGACAUCCCCCCCCCUCAGCAGCUGCGUGAGUGGUACACUGCACGCCAGCGGGGCGGGGGUACUGGUCCGUGCACCUAUGUCCUACGCACCGGCGACCGCGCGGCUGUCUAGGGCGAGAGUAGCUAUCUUUGACCUUGACUUUGAUGCUAUUCUUGCUGCCAUGUAUGCUGUGACUAUUAGUGAUGAGGGUGACUGUUACAGGUGUUUUCCGCCCGACCCGGGCAUUGAGACUGCUGCUCUAGGUACUGGUGCUGGUGAGUCUGCUCUCUCAGGUACCGCGUCGGCUUCGGCCUCCCACAGCUUCACCCUUGACUCGGAGGCUUCUCGCUCCUUCUUUCGAGACCGCACCACACUCACGCCGCUUGGUCGGCCUGUUGCAGUCUCUCUGGCAGACCCCUCUGGGGGUCCUAUCCUUGCUCACUUCUCCACUGUCCUCCCGUGUCCGGCGGCCCCCUCUGGCACCCUGUCUGGUCUUUACCUCCCCUCGUUCUCUACGAACUUGGUGAGUGGUGCUGACCUACAGGAUGCGGGGGUUCACCAGUUCACUUCUGCGAGUCAGCGGGUGACCCACUGCACGAACGCUCGGACACGCCGACACUUGGCCACGUUUACACGUCGGCCGGGGUCGAGCCUGUACACCCUGACCACUGAGUCUCCUCCUGUCACUGCGUCUGGUCGAGUAGCUGCGUUGGGUCAGGUGUUUGCUGCAGCCUCCAGGUCUGGUCCUGAGUCUGCCCCCUGCUCGUGUCGCCUCCUGUCUCACGAGACUCUCCUCUGGCACCACCGCCUUGGUCACCCCUCCCUGCUUCGUCUCCGAGGCAUGGCCUCCCGUGUCUCUUGUCUCUGGUCUGCCCCUGCCUGCGUCCCCUGCGUCGAGGGGCGGCAGCGUGCUGCCCCUCACUCCUCCCAGUUUCCUCCGACAUAG